AUGCUCCGCCGUCGAAUAUUUUUAACAUUUUUCAAGAAACGUGGCUAUGGCAUGAAAAGAGAAAAUAAUGAUGGAUUUCCUAUUCGAGAAAAUAUAAAUGGUUGUGAUUUGAAUAUUGGUGAUAUUAUUAAUUCUGAAGAUGAAGAUAUAUCACCAACAACUUCAACUGGAUGUUCGCCUUUAGUUCGAAGACGAAAAAAGUUUGCACAAUCAGGUUAGAAUUGUAUUUUUUUUUUGUAAAUCAUCAUAGAAAUAUUUUGAUUAUGAUUCAACUAAAAACAUUCGUUUUUCAAUUCAUAUUUUAUUUCACAUUUCAUUUUUCCCAAAACAAAUGGUUGAACUAAAAGAUGUUUUAUUAUUUCGAUUACAUCGCCGAAAACCAUUACGUUAUAAUUGUGAGAUAUAUUUCAUUCCACAUAAAAUCCUAUUUAUUAUUUCUUCAGCUGAUUUUUUUUCAGCUGCUCCACAUUCUCCAAGAAAACCGAAAGGACAAUUUCGCAAGAUUUUAGAUAGUUUAUCUUUCACAAAGUUAGUUUUUUUUCUUCGAAAAUAAAACAUCUGUUGAAUUUUUGAAUUUGAACAGAUGUUUAUGAUUUUCUGAUGAGAAUUUUUCCAGAUUUCAUCGGAAUGCGAAUUUGCCAAGCAUCGAGGUAAUUUUCUAAAUUUUCAGUUUUCCCAAAAAAUCCACAUGUCAGAUCAAGUUUCAAAAUCUAAAAUUUUGAACAAAACAAUGAAAAAUGAUACAUUUUUUCAAACCUCAUAAAAUGUCUAUUAUUUUUUUCCACGACCCCCUCCUAAACCAAAUAUAAUAAAAAAAUGUGGUCGAUUUUUUCACCGUCAGACAAAAAAAUCAAUUAUAUUUAUUUUCCCGCUUGUUGUUCUCUUAUUUUUGCCGCCGGUCCUGAUUUUCAAUUUUUCCGAUGGUUACUUUGAAAAGCUUGAAAACACGUUUUCAAUCCGGUAAAAAUUUGAUAAAAUUCCGAAGUUUGUCAUCAUUGGAUUUACUUGUGAGAUAAUUUUUUGGAGAUUUUUGUCAAUUUUAUUUUUCAGAAUGCAACAACGACAAAUAGUACAGACAAUCAAAAUAAUGAUGUUGUUGCAUUACUUCUUGAUGUUAGUUUGAGUAAUGGAGAAAAUCUUCCAAUAAAGGAUGCAUCUGGAAGUAGUGAUCCUUAUGUCAAAUUUCGAUAUAAAAACGAAUUUGUUUAUAAAUCUUCGACAAUUUUCAAAAAUUUGAAUCCACAAUGGGAUGAAGAUUUUCAAAUGAUUGUAGAUGAUAUUAAUUCUCCAAUUGAAAUUGAAGUUUAUGAUUAUGAUCGAUUUUGUUCGGAUGAUUUUAUGGGUUCAGCCACAAUUGAUUUAUCACAAUUGAAAUGGGAUACGUAAGUUGAUUUUUAUUUUAAAACUUCAGAAAAUUCCGAAAAAAUUAGUACACAUAAAGAAAAUUGAUUUGAUCAACAAAUUAAACAUUUUUGCCACCAAAUUUAAAUUAUUCUGAAAACUAUGAUUUUUGCAGUUCGAUAUACAUCACUGCAGAUCUUGUGGAUGAGUUACAACAAGAAGCUGGAAAACUUUCAGUCUGUCUCAAAAUUAGUUCAUUGACCCAACAAGAACUCGAAGAAUUUGGACAGAAAAAAAUGAAUCAGUCAAACGAGAAUAAGAAACAUCAAGAAUGGUCAAAAAUAGUGAAUAUUGUUUUGGUUGAAGCAGAACUCGAUGAAUCACUCGAUGUUUUCUGCAAAUUCAAAUUAGGAUCCGAGAAAUACAAAACAAAAGUUUGCACUGCAAGCAAAAAUCCAAAAUGGGUAGAACAAUGGGAUAUGCAUGUAUUUGAUAUUGAUGAUCAAACACUACAAAUGACAUGUUUAACAAGAAGCACAAAUAUGAUUGUUGGUAAACUUUCAAUACCAUUGUCAGAAUUGAAAAUCAAUGAAACACUUCAAAAAUGGUAUGAUUUUGAGAUUGUGAAUUCUUCUCUAUCGAUUGCUAAAAUACUUUUGUUGAUUACUGUAAGUGGAUCUCGCGGAGAAGAAGAAAUAACAAAUGGAGAUUAUAAUUACAAUGAUAUUCGGAAUAAUUAUAUCGAGAAAUAUGAUAUUUUCACUUCGUUUUCUGAUUCUCUUGAUAAUGUUGGUGUUUUAACUGUCAAAGUAUUUUGUGCCGAAGACUUGCAGGCAAAGGAUUUCGGUGGGAAAAGUGAUCCAUUUGCCGUCUUAGAACUUGUUAAUACACGUGUUCAAACACAAACUAUUUAUAAGACUCUAAAUCCACAUUGGAACAAAAUAUAUACUUUGUAAGUUUUUCAUUUUUCAGCUGAAAUCUAGAAGUAAUUUUAUAGUUCUGUGAAAGAUAUUCAUACAUGUUUGGAAGUCAAAGUUUAUGAUGAAGAUCCAAAUAAUCGAUUUGAGUUUUUGGGAAGAAUUUCAAUUCCUUUGAUUGAUAUUAAAAAUUGUGAGAAAAGAUGGUAUGCAUUAAAAGAUUGGAAACUUCGAAAGGAAGCGCAAGGAUAUAUUUUACUUGAACUUGAUAUUAUUUGGAAUCCUGUUAGAGCGGCAAUAAGAACAUUCAAACCAAAAGAAAUUAAAUAUGUUUCACCCGAACAAAAAUUCAAAGCUUCACUAUUUCGAUCUUCCGUCGUCGAUUUGAAAAAUGUCGCUUUAUCAAUUAUUAACUUUAAAGAUUCCAUAGAAUAUUUAUUAUCAUGGAAAUCCAAACCAAAAUCGGCUAUUUCAUUGCUUGUAAGUGAUAAGGUUUUUAAUUUCGAUACAAUAUUCAUUUCAGAUUUAUAUACUUUAUGUUUAUUUUUUCGAGUUAUACUUCUUGCCACUUUCACUUUUGAUCUUUUUAUUUUACAAGUUAUUUUCAAGAAAAAUUAGUGAUGAUCGACAAACAAUCAAAACACAAAAAAGUUUUGAUGAAGAUGAUAAAGUGAGUUUUCUCAAUAAUUUAAAUGUAUGCAGUUCUGAAAAUUUUUGAUUUUUUUCAAAUAAAAAGGUUACAGGAAAAUGUCGUCGAGCGGGUUAGUUUCAAAUUAAGCUUUUACUAACACCUAACCUUUUCAAAAAGUGGUUCUUCCCAAAAAAUAAUAAUUUGGGUAGCCAACGGGGGAUAAUGACAACAAAACAUGCAAAAAUUAUUUUUUUGCAGAGUUCAAGUAUUCGCGACACACUUUUCACUGUUCAAGAAACUCUUGUUGAUGUUCAGAAUUAUCUUGUAUUCAUUAAUGAACUAAUCGAGAGAAUCGAAAACUUUUUCAAUUUUACCCAUUUAUGGCUUUCAUUUUUGGCGAUGAUUGUGAUAACAGUUGCACUUUUCAUAUUAUAUUUCAUUCCGCUUCGUUGGAUUCUUUUAGUUUGGGGAGUGAAUAAGUACUCGAAAAAAUUACGAAAUCCAAAUUUCAUUGACAACAACGAAAUUCUCGACUUUUUGUCUCGCGUGCCUUGUAAAAACGACUUGGUUAGUAAAUCUCUGAUGUUUCCAAUAAAAUUACCAAAUUUUCAGGUCGAACAAACCAACAAACAUGUGUAUAGGCCAAUGUGA